GUGCUUUGUUCCAUGCUUAAUGGGAUUAACAGACUUUCAAAUAAUAUGUGAAACUUUAAACCUAAAAAUUUCAUUGGAAACCAAAAAAGCCAUUUUCUAUGACUUUUUGGAGUCUUUAGGUCCUGUACAGUGUCACAAACUUUUGAGUAAAUGUAAGUAUAUACAUUAUCACAUUAAAUUAUACAUUUAGAAGCAGUCACACUGAGCAAUCUUAAGCAAAAGUGUUGCAAUAUGAUAAUAACAGUGAAGGUGCUAUUAGCACAUUCAGUCAAAAUGAGGAUAAUUGUCACUAAUUUAAAAGAACGCAUGAAAAUUGAAACUACAGUUGAACCCGCUUAUACCGACCUCGGUUAACUCGCUAACCCUGUUAUGUCGACAUUUUUGAAGUGGAACCGCCAAAUUCUCUCUUUGUGUUAGCAUUUUCUCCUCGGUUAUGUCGAUUCUUUUAUCUCGCUGAACCUUGAUAUCUUGAGCACAAAUGAAACUAAGGGAUAUUUUUAUGAGCUUAAUUAUUCUUUAUGCAGUUCAUGGAUCGUGAAUUUGAUUUGGUAAAUCUUAAUAUACUGUUCACUCAUUCAUAUGGCCAAGUAAUUAUUUUACUUCUAAGAGAAAUGAUGGAAAGGUUGCAGCAGGCCAUUUUAAAGUUGAAAAUUAAUUUGCAAAGUUAAGUUGCAAGAUUUAUGCUUGGAAUCAUCUCAUGCUGGUUUUUCUUAGAAUGUGAAUAAUGCUGUCUCAUUAAUCUGUGGUAAUUAUUGCAUUUACCCAUUUCAAUGUUUUGAGGUAGAAACCCCAAUUAAAAUGUAUGACCUUAGAUGAUGAAAUUAUUCUCUCUUUAAAGAAUAACUGUAGUUUCAAAAUGAAUAUUUAAAUUUUUAUAAUCUCGCUCCUUAAUUUUUUAAAAUAUUUCUUAUCAGUUGUUGCUGAUGGCCUAGUAACAUGCGAAGAAGAAUUUGAAGUUGAAACUGUACUGGACCAUUAUAAAGAGGAUGUAAGUAGUCGUAUUUACCAGUAUUGUGUAAAAUAAAAUAGUACAUAUUUUAAAUGGGUGAUUAUAAGUAUUCAUAAAUUUGUUUGUUUUUCCCCAAUUGAGUGUGUCAUUUGUGACAUUUUUCAAUUUUGUAUAAAUUACAGCUUUUUACAUUGUUCCAGACACCCACCCUUCUUUGUUCCACACCCAUUGUUUGUUCCACAUCCAUUUUUUGUUCAUCGCAAAGGUGUGGUAUUUGUGUUUUUAAAAUCCUACAGCACCGCUGUCCAAAUUUGGUCCAGCAGGCUGAUUUUAAAUGGUCCCUACAGCUUGAGAAAUUUGUAUGUGAAAAAAAAAAAAAUUUAGUGUGAAAAUAUUUUCAAACCACAUUCAUUUAGUAUUGUAGGGAAACUGUAUGAGAGCACAGAAGUUGUAAUAUGGAAAUGGAGGGGGGUCAGAAAAGCUAAGGUGUUGGGUGGCUUGGCGGGUAUCAGUAAUUUAUGUGAAGCACAUUAGCAAGGCAACCAUUUGGGAAAAUGGGUUUACAUGUAAUCGUAUACCCAGUAUCAUCCUCUCAUUUCUGUUGCUUGUACAAGGGAGGCAUCAUGGGUGUAUCAGGUAUAAUUACUAACGGUCUUUGGAAAGAUAAAAAAGGAAACCAGAAGUAACUUGAUGUGUACCGGUAGCUAUAUGAUCUUUGUAAAAAUGUCCAUGCCCCCACUAACGGCACCAAGUUACAUGAAAUAGAUAGGUGAACACCACAAGUUAACUACCGUACUGCGCUUUGUGGGAUGAUAAUAAUAUGACAAGAAAGUCUUUGGGUAUGAGUAAUCUAUAUGCGAGCUGGGAUACUAUUUAUGGUACCAAGUUCUAUUAACAGGUAGUCUUGCAAGGUAUGGGAAAGGGAGUCUAUCAUGUGAUGUUGAUGAAUACCUGGUAUUCUGAGAUUGUAAUAUGAGAUGAUUAGGGGUGUGCCGGAUCCGUUUUUUCCAACCGGAUCCGGAUUUUCUUAUGCGAAAUCCGCCGGAUUUGAUUCCGGAAUAAUCCGGAUUCCGGUUUCUCCCGGAUUCCGGAUUUUGGUACUAUUGGUAGAUACUUCGGUAAGUCAAGGUGGACUACUACUUUUUGUGUAUGGGAAUUCGCAAUCGGCGCCAAAAAAUCCGAGUUUUUAAUUUUCCGAUGUGUGUGUCUAUUUAUUAUUAAAUUAGUACUUUCGAUAUAUAUUUGAGUUCCGUUCCAUUUGGAUAAGUGUCUUACGAGAGACGCCAUGUUUCUACGCGUUCGCAGCAGGUCAUGCAGCUCGCUCAACCUAAUUUCGCCAUGGGGUUGGCCACGCCCCCCUUUUUAAUGGCGGAAGUUGACGAUACUUAGGAAAUAUUAAUUUAUUAUCACUAUUUACAUCAAAAUAAUUGAUAACUUGUGUUUCAGAAUGCAUUUAAAGACAUUUAAACUGGAAUGUUUUAAUUUGAGCUUUAACAACCCGGUAGAAUCCAUAUUAUAAAUGAUCAGAAUUUACCGUGUGCAACACGUUGUCAUUGGCAACCAUUCACAGCCACUUGCAUAACUGUAUCGUAGUACUACCUCAGAGUUUCAUUCAUAAGAGUUUGCCGUGUGCAAAAACUAUUAAACCAUUGGUCAGGGAAAGCUUUAAUUAAUUAUUCAUGUGCCAAAGUUGAAAGUUUAAACUAAGUCUAAACAGUAUUUUAGUGAUAAGGCAGGGAAUGCGUUGCCUUAUAUAAACUAUAUAGUCAUUGCGCAUGACGGGAUUGGUGGAAUGAGAUCACAGAAUGUGGAGAUGCAGUCCAUGUUAAAAAAUGACAAACCAAGUCGUACUUUAAAAAUUCAUAACUUUAAAACUACAACAGCUAAAAAUAUGAUUUUGGUGUUAUAAUUCUUUAAAAAAUUACAUCUUUUCAACUAUGCCAUUGGUUUAUUUUUACAAAAAGUUUAAAUUUUCUUAUCAAAGUCCCUACACUAUUGGCCACUAUUAGCGGUGCUGACUCUAGCCUCUGGUAUGUACGGAAUAUUAAACAUUAAACAAGCUCAACGCUCGAAACAAUCGAUUAAUGUAUCGUGAUCGUGUGGAAUUCGGGAAAGAGAAUUACUUUUAUUUCAGAUUAUGAUCCGGUGAGUCACAAAAUCUGGCAAAUUCCGAAAUCCGGUAUAUUCCGGAAUCCGGUUGUUCCGGAUACAUGUAAAUCAGGCGGAACCGGAUUUCACCGGAUAGUGCAAAAUCCGGCGGAACUGGAUUCCGGCACACCCCUAGAGAUGAUCAAUGAGCAGAAAGCAGGAUACAAGCUGUUUUUGCUCAUUGUUAGUGCAAUUCAGUCAGGGAGGAAUUGUGUGAUUUAUAAACAUGCAUAAGAAUGGGUGGCCAAAUAAAUUCAGGAUGAAUUUCCUCAAAAAUUGGGGCCAUGGUUUUGGCAGUACCCUUCAUCAUAAGGUAAGAAGUAUUGGGUUUUUUGAAAAUUUUAUUUUGGCCCCCAUAGUCAAAAAGGUUGGACAGCACCAUCCUACAGGAUAGUUGCAUUACUUCUGUGCAGAUCAGCAAAUACCUCCUAAAUAUUUGCUCUUAGCAUGAGGUGACCCAGGGCUUAUUUUUAACAAUGUGCUGUCUGGUUAUGAGCAUAAGCCCCCUACCCCACUAUUAAGAUUUGUUCAAAAGGGCAUAAUGGUCAGAAAGAAUUGCCAAAAGUUUAAGAGUAUAUAUUUAGUUGUGACGCUUUGACUGUUGAAAUGCUAAAACAGGCUAUUCUUUCGAAAUUUUACAAAAAAGUAAACAUUCACUGUUGUUGGUGACAGGGCUACCACACCUUGGGAAAUUUCCCAAGAUCUUGGGAAUUCACUUCCCCAUUCAGGGCCAAAACUCACUUUAAAAAAAAAAAAAUCCCAAGAUCCUUUUUUAAAAAAAAAAAAAACUCUUAUAUAUUUUCAUGAUCUUGUGAAAUUUUUUGACCAAAUUUUGGGAAUUUAAAAAAAAAAUAAACAUUAGAUUUUGUUGGGUACAGGGCUACCACACCUUGGGAAAUUUCCCAAGAUCUUGGGAAUUCACUUCCCCAUUCAGGGCCAAAACUCACUUUAAAAAAAAAAAAAAUCCCAAGAUCCUUUUUUAAAAAAAAAAAAAACUCUUAUAUAUUUUCAUGAUCUUGGGAAAUGUUUUGACCAAAUCUUGGGAAUUUAAAAAAAAAAUUGAGUGGCAGCCCUGAUUGGUGAUACAGUUGUGAUGGUUAUCUAAGUCUAUGAUAACUGAAUACCCGUCACUGCCACAUCAAGACAUAUGUUAUUAAAAUUAAUCAUCGAGUCACUUGUUGUAACUAACACUGGCACUUUAUUAUAAUAAUAUCAAAUUCACAUGAUAAAUAAUAACUACAUCUAUGACACAGUAUAUCCAUGUAAAUUAGAGACCGACCGAAUUUCGGUUUCGGCGCCGAAAGUGGCCAUUUUAUCACUUUCGGCCAAGUUUCGGCCGAAACUAAAAAGUUAACUUUCGGCUUAAUUUCGGUUUCGGCCGAAGGAGAAAAGUUAACUUUCGGUUUUUCUUCGGUUUCGGCCGAAAUUGACUUAGACUUUCGGCCAUCAAGCCGAAAGUGACUCAGGUUUACGGGUCAUUUAAUACUCAGCAAAAGCGAUUUUUAACAACAAACUAAGCGACAUUUAAGAGCAAAUUACGCGAUCUUUGAGAACAAACUAAACGAUAGUUAACAACAAACUAAGUGACAUUUAAGAACAAACUAAACGAUCUUUAAAACAAACUAAGCGAUCUUUAAGAACAAUCUAAGCGAUCUUUAAUAACAAACUAACGAUCUCAAAGAACAAACUAAACAAUUUUUAAACCGAACUAAAUGAUCUUUAAGAACAAAACAAAUGAUCUUUAAUAGUAAACAAAAUGAUUUAUAAGAAUAAACUAAGCGAUCUUUAACACAAAACUAAAUGUUCUUUAGGAACAAACUAAAAGACCUUUAAGAACAAACUAAUCGAUCUUAAGGAGCAAAAUCAAUUAUCUUUAAGAACAAACUUUAUGAAGCGAUCUUUAUGAAAAAAGUAAGCGAUCUUUACAACAAACUAAGUGAUGUUUAUGAACAAACUAAAUGAUCUUUAAGAACAAAUAAAGCGAUCAUUAAUACCAAAUUAAUUGAUCUUUAAGUUUAAACUAAGCGACAUUUUAGAACAAUGUAAGCGAUCUUUAUGAACAAACUAACCGAUCUUUAAGGACAAACUAACCGAUCAAUAACAACCAACUAAACGAUCUUUUAAAAAAAAUUAAGCGAUCUUUUAGAACCAAAUUUUUUAGAGACCUGGGUUAUAAAAAUAAUAUUUUGCAUUAAUUCCCCCCCCCCCCAAUUUUCGCCAAAUUUUCACCUCCCAUACUAAUUUUUAAAAAAAAUUGUAAAGCAAUUUAAAUUACUUUUAUAUAAAAUGGUAAAAUCCAAAGUAUUCUUUAGAUCAGGAGUUUAUAAAAAAAAUAUUUUGCAUUUACCCCCCCCCCCCUCCCCAAUUUUCGCCAAAUUUUCUCCUCCCAUACUAAUUUUUAAAAAAAUUGUAAAGCAAUUUAAAUUACUUUUAUAUAAAAUGGGAAAAUCCAAAGUAUUCUUUAGAUCAGGGAUCUCAAACUCAAAUUAUGGGGCGGGGGGGGGGGCGCAAGAGGUAGUGUCUGAAUGAGAGUGGGCCGCAUCAAGUAAUCCACAAAAAGCGAUUACAACUGUUACAAUCUGCUCAACCUUUAUAAAUAAAAAUAAAAUCAUUGAGGGUUCUCAAGAACUAGGCGUCACUUUCAUCCACCUACUCACUGUUGCCAGAGACCUGGCAUACAAAAAUAUAUAGAAACAUUUUUUUUUUUUAAAAUCAGAAUUAGACUAAUCGGUGAGAUUCGACUGAAACCGUCGCUGAGAGUCACGUUAUAGAUAUGAGAAUGGGGGAAACGGGCCGGCGAAUUAACACUAAACUUUUCUGUCAUGUAGCGGGCCGCAACAUAUCGUCUUGCGGGUCACAAAUGGCUCGCGGGCCGCGAGUUUAGACCCCUAUAUUAGAUGUUUAUUUAUUAAUAUUCACGGUUAUCUCAUCUUUUAUAAAAAGAAUGUAAAUAUAUAUACUUUCCCACAUCAUUUUCGAUGUAUGCAGAAUGUAUGCGGGAACGAAUUUCAAAAUAUCUUAAUGUUUCGGCCGAAAUUCACUUUUAACUUUCUGCCUUUUUUCGGUUUCGGCCGAAAGUCAUUUUAAAUUUUCGGCCUAUUUUCGGCUUCGGCCGAAAUCAGAAAAUCCCUUUCGGUCGGUCUCUAAUGUAAAUAUAUAUUUGUUCCCCUCUAUAUUAAAUUAAAUAUAUAUCUUUCUAAUGUCUUUAAAUUAUCACACAAUUUUCCAUGGCACAGAAACAUAACACUACUUCUUUCCAACAAGGGUUUCUAUCCUCUUCUAUCAGCACACACAAAGUUAUACUGUUACAAACGUCUUGAUUGAAUUCUUUCAAAUUGUAAAAAAUUUUAAAUAAUCAUUGCUUAUAUCCUUUUGUAAUAAUAACAAUACAAUUUUGAUGUUCCAGGGCCAAGACUACUAUCUUAUUAAGUGGCUUGGAUGGGGACAUAAACACAACAGCUGGGAGCCUGCCAGUCAUUUGAGAUGUGGCACUUUAUUAGAAGCAUAUCAUAAAGAAUUAAGUAAUCGUAAACCCAGAGAAUGUAAAAGAAAGUUGCUUUCAUCAAGUGAAAGCGAGCAUGAGAAUGUCAAAAAGAAGCACAGUGAUUUAGUAUUAAAGAAAAUAUCUGAGUCAAGGAUAAUUGAAAAUAUGUCUUUGCGUGACAUAGCUACAUAUUAUAGUCAUGUUAAAAAAGUACCUCCAAAAAAAGCCAGCAGACCUAGGCAAUUGAAAUCAAGUAAAAAACAUAUGUGCACUGAAGUGAAGAAAGUUUUGAAAGACUGGGAAAUUGAGAUGAAUGCCAUUGCACAAGGAUAUGAUCAAGCCUAUUUGUUUGUAGAGAAUAAUGUUGACCUUGAGGGUCCCCCCUCUGACUUCAUAUACAUAAAUGAACGGAAAGAAGGUGCAGGAGUGACAAUUUCUCAAGACCCUCUGCUUGGCUGUGAUUGUCAGGAUUGUUAUAAUGACAGGAAGACCUGUUGUCCUACUGUCAGUAGCUCAACACUGGCCUACCGCAAAGCCACUGGCAGGUUAAGGGUACCAAGAGGAGUGCCUAUUUAUGAAUGCAAUAAACUGUGUAGAUGUGGACCAGAUUGCUUCAACAGAGUUGUACAGAAGGGAAGAAAAUUUAAGAUCUGCAUUUUUCGCACAGCUAAUGGACGCGGAUGGGGAGUCAAAAGCCUUCAGAAGAUAAAAAAAGGAUCUUUUGUUGUAGAAUAUGUUGGGGAGGUGAGGUGUUAUUAAUUUGUGAAAAUAGUUGUUCUUUUUUUAAUUUGUAUUUUUUUUUUAAGUAUUAACUCCAUUUUGACUUAAUCAAAUGGGUUUGAUAAUAAAGGCCUAGUGUGGAGCGUAAAUAAAAACAAGACAGGACUGAAAACUCAAUUAAACAACAGGUUUUAUUUGAUUAUGUGAGAAAAUCUUCAACUAAGAAUAUCAUAUACAGUAAAGAUGUACCCGGUAUGUUAAUUUUGUUUUCACAAUUUUCAUGAUAAAAUAUGGCUUGAAGCUAACAACUAUAUUUCUUUACCUUUCAGGUCAUAACAGAGGAGGAGGCAGAAAGAAGAGGCCAAAAUUAUGAUGUUGUGGGUUGUACAUAUUUGUUUGAUCUAGAUUUUCAUGAUGCUGAUGCCCCUUUCUCAGUUGAUGCUGGAAGAUAUGGCAAUGCAGCGCAUUUUAUAAACCAUUCUGUAGGUUUAAACAAUUUUAACACAGAUUUUUUUUUAACUAUUAAAUUUUAGUUACAGUAAUCUGGGAAAACAACCUUGAUAUUUCAGUAAAAGACUGGAGAGGACUGCUGUCAGAAGCACUGAUCAUUUAGAUUUCAUUUAUAAUCUUUACAGAAGCAUGUCCAAGUAUCAAAUUUAUGUAACUUCAAUUCAGAGAUAACAGACAAAAUACUGAAAUGGCAGGGAAAAAUAUUGAGACUAGGUACAAGAAAUUAUUUUGUUUGUGAUAAUAUUAGUUACUUUUGCCAUACUAAGUUCACCUACGUUUUUUUUUUUUUUUUUUUUAAUGACAUUUAAUUUGAACUGUUAUUGAUUUGCUUAUUUUUUUUUUUUUAUAAUUUUUUUUAUUUUUUCCAUUAUAAAUUUUUCUUCUUUUUUUUUUUUUUUUUUUUAAUGACAUUUAAUUUGAACUGUUAUUGAUUUGCUUCAGUGUGAUCCAAACCUAGAGGUUCACGUUGUAUGGAUCAACACGAUAGAUCCCAGGCUCCCACACAUUUGUUUGUUUGCCAAGAGAGAUAUACAAGUCAAUGAAGAGCUGUCUUUUGAUUACAUGAGUGGUAGGUUCUUAAAAGCCUCGUUAACUGUUCUUAGAUGCUAUCUCUUCUAAAUAGGAUGGGGCACAGGGCUAAUCCAAAGGACUGACAAAUCAAUUGAAGUUUAAUGUACAUCCAUAUAUUUUUUGUAUAGGUGGGGGGGUGGGGUUUCCCCCCUUGCUACUUGGGUAUGUACAUUUAUUUCCAGCAAGUUAGUAAAAUAAAAGAAGGAAAUCUACCAUAAAUUAAUUAUUUUCAUAAUAUUGCAAUACUUUUAUCCAGGGGCGGGGUACCAUAUGUUUUAAAAUUGAGAGGUGGUUGCAGCGCUGCAAAUAGAUUAAGAACCCAUGGUUUAUGGUGAUUUUGUUUAAUUGUUGCUGUAUAUGUAAUAAUUGUCCAUAAAUAAGUUGAAACAGGUGAAUGGGGGAGGGGUAUGACAAUGUUACUUUUUUUUUUUUCUUUUUUUUUUGCAUACAUAAUAUAUGGAUUUUACUUUUAGAAAUAAGCCUUCAGUUCUGCCAUAAUCUACAAAUCAGUAGUUAAAAUAUUCUUUAAAAAUGUCUCAUACAGGUGAAUGGGGGAGGGGUAUGACAAUGUUACUUUUUUUUUUUUCUUUUUUUUUUGCAUACAUAAUAUAUGGAUGUUACCUUUAGAAAUAAGCCUUCAAUUCUGCCAUAAUCUACAAAUCAGUAGUUAAAAUAUUCUUUAAAAAUGUCUCAUGUCCAGAAAGACAAGGUGGGAAACAUUAAAAAAGCUGUUGAUGCCUCUUGUAUUUUAAUUAAUAUUUGGGAUGCCUGCUCAAGUUAUAUCUUAUGUAAUUCAAAUAAUGAAAACCUGUAACUGUUAGACAUGUGUAGUAAUAUUGACAUUGCUUCCGUAUCUUAAGGAAAUAUAAUGCCAGAGAACAAUCAAUCAUUCAUUGGAGAGUCUUUGGAUACAGACCCAGGAGCCACACCAAGAUUAGAUAAACAAACUUCUAGUCAUGUAACAUCAGAUGGAAAUGAAAGCCUUCCCUCACCUAACAAGCAUGAGCAUAAAACUACAGACAUUGCAGCUCUUGAUCAUAAUUCUGGACAAAGUGGCAUCAGUUCACCUACAAAAUGUCAGCCGAACAUAGACAUUUUAACAGAGAAUCAUCUGUCACCUGAAAAGGUUGCAGAUACCUCAGAUGACUUCCAAAAUAAUACUGCAGGCAUUCCCACGCCUCCCUCUUCAGAAAGUGAAUCUACGACAGGAAGCCCUAAAAGGGUGUCACGUUUUACAAUGGCAUGUCUGUGUGGUGCCACCAACUGUAGAAAAUACUUAUUUUUUUAAGGGUUAGACUACAAGAAUUUAAAAAAAAUUAACUCAUAUAAAAUGAUUACAUUAUGGUCAUGUUAAGCCAGUGGUUCCCAGGUUUAUUUGUCCCAUUUGAGCACCUACAUUUUCCACAAGACGUUUGUUUAAGAAUGGUAAAAAAAAUAUUUACUCAGCAUUCUAGUAAGCCACAUAUCUACAAGGCCCUCCUGUCAUCCCCAUUUUUUGCCAUGAUGUUUUUUAACCGCAGUUAAAUGACAAGGAAUUUUGCAGUCUCCACUGAAGCAUAAAUAGUUUUACGAUAGCACUGCCAGGGUAAUACUUAUGUAAGCAUUCUGUGUACCCCUUUUGAACUGUCAGGAAUGAGAUUUGUGUCCCUUACAUUACUUACAAGUGCAAUAAUUGAGUACUUGUUUGUAAAAAUGAAAUGUUCCAUUCAGAAUUUUUUUGUGGAGAAGCUCAUUUUUUAAUGUUUAUUUAUUUUUAUUUUUUUUUCAUUUGUGAUACAUUUUGUGGUGCUGCUGGGUUUUUAAGGUCAAAAUUUGUUUCAAAUAAAUCAUAGAUUGUUAUUACACUAUUUUUAAAGGUCAAUUAUUGCUCUGUAAUUGUUGACAUACUGCUUCUCCCGUUUUUGAAAUAAAAUUUUAUCAAAUUUUAAUAAUUAUAAUGACCAAAUCUUGCGUGUACUAGCAUCACAUUUUUUCACCAGUUGAAUUUUUAAGCUACUUUUUAAAAUUCUGUUACCGGUAUGUGACAGUAUUUGCACACUGAUGCCAGCAUAUAAACAUUAUAUUUUAUGCAUGUUGUUAAGAUAGCUUCAUAACAGUCAACAUAAACUGCUUUUGUUCAGUUAUUUCCUAACCAUUAAUUUGGUAAGUCCCCACUUGCAUUAGUGAUAGCGUCAUGUUACAUGUUUUUCAUUGCCUCAGGCUUAGAAUUGUAACUGAUUUGUCACAUUAUUGUUGUGUGCAAUUAAAUCACUUUUGCAUUCAGUAUUUGUUAUACAUAUAACUAAGAUAGGUGGCACCUCUUUUCAAAUUACAAAGAGAUGGAUUUUUUACCAGAUGCCCAUUAUUUUGUCUUCUCAUAUCCCUUGAAAAAGUUCAAUGUGC